AUGGAGUCAGAAAUCAGAGCGCAGAUUCCGGACAUUGAUCCCAUUCUCUCCGAAUACUCCAUUGGGUACCUCAACCAUGCAUCCAACAAUCUUGCUGCGGAGGCUGACCCGGAAGGGCCCUCCCCGAUCGCGGAAGCUAUGGAAACCAUCACCGGACUUCUUGUAUCGGCUUCUGGCGAUCUGAGCGAGCAAAAUGAGACUACUAUCAGAAAUCUCGUGGACAAGUUUAUCUCCAAGCUCAAUGCCGCAAAUGGCGUGGACGGCGAGCGAAGACAAAUGGCUCCCAGCAUGCGGAAGCUCGAACGUUCUAUCCAGGUCGGCUCACAACGAAACAUGUCAUCAACGUUGGGUCUUGCUGGUGCGGGUGUAGAUUUGGAAGCUGCUAGCGGCAAAAGGGUGGAAUCCCGAGUUGACAAGAAGAAACUGGAAAAGGCAGAACGCAAGUUGCGAGCUAAGCAGGACAAGAAGACAAUGAAGACCGUCGAAUACGAGUCCUCCAAGCUUCUGGAUCAGCCGGACGAAACACAGUCUUACGAGGAAUUUUUCAUGGCUGUCAACCCUCUCCAGCUGGGUGCCGACGCGCAAAAGAGCAAGGACAUUAAGGUCGACAGCUUCGAUCUUUCUAUCAGCGGAACGCGCAUUCUCAGCGACACCUCUCUUACUCUUGCACACGGUCGAAGAUACGGUCUCGUCGGUCAGAACGGUAUUGGUAAAUCAACCCUGCUUCGCGCUCUGAGUCGAAGAGAGGUCGCCAUUCCAACCCACAUUUCGAUUCUCCACGUCGAGCAGGAAAUCACAGGAGACGAUACCCCGGCGCUGCAGGCGGUGCUGGAUGCCGAUGUCUGGCGCAAGCAUUUGCUCAAGGAGCAGGACAAGAUUACCAAAGAGCUCAACGAGCUCGAGACUGAGCGGUCAGGAAUGGCCGACACAUCCGCGGAUGCAGAGCGGCUGGACAAGCACCGCGAGGGUCUCGACAGCACGCUCAGCGACAUUCAUGGCAAAUUGGCCGAAAUGGAAUCCGACAAGGCCGAAUCAAGAGCGGCCAGUAUUCUGUGGGGUCUGGGUUUCUCCAAGGAGCGCCAGCAAUACGCCACCAAGACUUUCUCGGGAGGUUGGCGUAUGCGAUUGGCGUUGGCGCGAGCACUCUUCUGCGAGCCAGAUCUCCUUUUGCUUGACGAACCGUCCAACAUGUUGGAUGUCCCCUCUAUUGCUUUCCUGUCCAAUUAUCUUCAAGGCUAUCCCAGCACCGUUCUCGUCGUUUCGCACGACAGAGCUUUCCUCAACGAAGUCGCGACGGAUAUUGUUCACCAACACUCGGAGCGUCUCGAUUACUACAAGGGCGCGAACUUUGAAUCCUUCUACGCUACGAAGGAGGAACGCCGGAAGACCGCCAAGCGCGAAUACGAGAACCAAAUGGCCCAGCGGGCCCACUUGCAAGCCUUCAUUGACAAGUUCCGAUACAAUGCGGCCAAAUCCUCAGAGGCUCAGUCACGUAUCAAGAAGCUCGAGAAGAUGCCUGUUCUUCAGGCGCCCGAGGCCGAGUACACAGUUCACUUCAAGUUUCCCGAGGUGGAAAAGCUGUCGCCUCCUAUUCUGCAGAUGAGCGGCGUCUGCUUCGGCUACAGUCCGGACAAACCUCUUCUCAAAGAUGUCGAUCUCGACGUUCAGCUCGACUCGCGAAUCGGUAUCGUCGGUCCUAACGGUGCCGGUAAAACCACUGUGCUCAAAUUACUCAUUGGACAACUGCAACCCACGAAGGGUAUCAUUUCGCAGAACCCUAGAUUGCGUGUCGGCUUCUUUGCCCAGCACCAUGUUGAUGCACUAGAUCUCACCAUGAGCGCUGUCGGAUUUAUGGCCAAGAAUUUCCCUGGCAAGCCGGAUGAGGAAUAUCGAAGACAUUUGGGAGCAUUCGGUAUCACGGGCACGACUGGUCUUCAACGGAUGGCUCUGCUUUCGGGAGGUCAAAAGUCCCGUGUCGCAUUCGCCUGUCUGUCCCUCACCAACCCGCACAUUCUCGUGCUCGACGAACCUUCCAACCAUCUUGAUAUCGAAGCUAUGGACGCCUUGUCUGAUGCGCUCAGGAACUUUGAGGGUGGUGUCCUCAUGGUCUCUCACGACGUUACUAUGCUCCAAACUGUCUGCAGCAGCCUCUGGGUUUGCGAUAAUGGCACUGUCGAGCAGUUCCCUGGUGAUGUCGCUGCUUAUAAGAAGCGCAUCACUGCCCAGGCUAAUGAAGCUGGUGUUGUCCAAAUGCAUUAG